GGGAUGGGGGCCGGAGGCAAUAUGGAGCCCUCAAUAGGACAAGGGUGAAACUUCUGGUGUCGGCUGCUCCUUUCUUUCGCCCCGUCAUGUUGGUGCAUUUAUUUCGUGUUGGGAUUCGGGGAGGCCCUAUCCCAGGCAGGCCGCUACUCCCCCUCAGCUUCCAGUCAUUCUCGGCUGUCAGGCACUCUGAUGGCUGCCGCGGCUCCCACCUCCUCCAGGCCGUGGCCCAGCUGCGGAGUCAGCUCCGGGCCCGCCUGCCUCGAGCGCCCCCAGCCCCCCGCCGAAGCCCCUCUGCCUGGCGCUGGGCUGGGGGGGCCCUGCUCGGCCCCAUGCUGCUGAGUAAGUGCCCCCGCCUGUGCCUUGUGGCACUGUGUCAGGCCGAAGAGGCCCCUCCUGCCCGCCGCAGUGCCCAUGUCGCGGAGCCCCACUUUAACUGGACGCUCUUCUGGCAGUUUCUGCGCCCCCACCUGCUGGUCCUGGGGGCAGCCGUCGUGCUGGCACUGGGCGCGGCCCUGGUGAACGUGCAGAUCCCCCUGCUCCUGGGCCAGCUGGUGGAGAUCGUGGCCAAAUACACGAGGGACCACAUGGGCAGCUUCCUGAACGAGUCCCGGAACCUCAGCACCCACCUGCUCCUGCUCUAUGGCCUGCAGGGACUGCUGACCUUUGGGUACCUGGUGCUCCUGUCCCGCAUCGGCGAGCGCAUGGCUGUGGACAUGCGGAAGGCCCUCUUCAGCAGCCUGCUCCAACAAGACAUUGCUUUCUUUGAUGCCAAAAAGACAGGACAGCUGGUGAGCCGACUGACAGCUGAUGUGCAGGAGUUCAAGUCAUCCUUCAAACUGGUCAUCUCUCAGGGACUGCGAAGCUGCACCCAGGUGGCUGGCUGCCUGGUGUCCCUGUCCAUGCUGUCCCCGCGCCUCACGCUGCUGCUGAUGGUGGCCACACCCACCCUGAUGGGAGUUGGCACCCUGCUGGGCUCUGCUCUCCGCAAACUAUCUCGCCAGUGCCAGGAGCAGGUCGCCCGGGCAACGGGUGUAGCGGAUGAGGCCCUGGGGAACGUUCGGACUGUGAGAGCCUUCGCCAUGGAGCAGCGGGAAGAGGAACGCUACGGGGCCGAGCUGGAGGAGUCCCGCCGCCAGGCAGAGACGCUGGGCAGAGGCAUCGCCGUGUUCCAGGGGCUCUCCAACAUCGCCUUCAACUGCAUGGUGUUGGGCACCCUGUUUAUUGGGGGUUCCCUCGUGGCAGGACAGCAACUGAGUGGGGGAGACCUCAUGUCCUUCCUGGUGGCCUCCCAGACGGUGCAGAGGUCCAUGGCCAACCUCUCCGUCCUGUUCGGCCAGGUGGUACGAGGGCUCAGCGCGGGCGCCCGGGUGUUCGAGUACAUGACCCUGAGCCCCUGCAUCCCGCUGUCCGGGGGCUGCCGUGUCCCCAGAGAGCACCUGCGUGGGUCCAUCGCGUUCCACAACGUCAGCUUCAGUUACCCCUGCCGCCCUGGCUUCCCGGUGCUCGAGGACUUCAACCUCACGCUGCCCCCUGGCAGGAUCGUGGCCCUCGUGGGCCAGUCGGGCGGAGGAAAGACCACAGUGGCCUCCCUGCUGGAACGCUUCUACGACCCCACGGCAGGCUCGGUGACCCUGGACGGGCGGGACCUGCGCACCCUCGACCCCUCCUGGCUCCGGGGCCAGGUCAUCGGUUUCAUCAGCCAGGAGCCAGUCCUGUUCGGAACGACAAUCAUGGAGAACAUCCGUUUUGGGAAGCCGGGUGCCUCUGAUGAAGAGGUCUACGCCGCCGCCCGGGAAGCCAACGCGCACGGGUUCAUCUCCAGCUUCCCCGAGGGCUACAACACCGUCGUCGGCGAACGGGGCACAACCCUGUCCGGUGGCCAGAAGCAGCGCCUGGCCAUCGCCCGCGCCCUCAUCAAGCAGCCCGCGGUGCUGAUCCUGGACGAGGCGACCAGCGCUCUGGACUCGGAAUCCGAGCGGGUCGUGCAGGAGGCCCUGGACCGCGCCAGCGCGGGCCGCACCGUGCUGGUCAUCGCCCACCGGCUCAGCACCGUGCGCGGCGCCCACCACAUCGUCGUCAUGGCCCACGGCCGUGUCUGUGAGGCGGGGACCCACGAGGAGCUCCUGAAGAGAGGGGGGCUCUACGCCGAGCUCAUCCGGAGGCAGGCCCUGGCCUCCCCACCGCCCGGCGACCCCAGGAACCGCACCCCCGAGUCCUGAGAGCAGCGCACAGCGGCCCGGCCGCUGAUUGGCGCCCAGGGCUGAGGACAGAGCCCCCAGAGGACCUGCGUGCCGGCCGUGGGCUGUCCCCUGCGCACAGUAACGCCCAGGACAAGCCCUGGGCUGGGAGGGGCUUGGGGCUGCCGCCAGCUGCCACCCUCCUGCCAGAGCUGCCUCGUCACUGGGCUACCCUGGGGAGGAGGCAGAGUCAGGCUGCCCCCGUGCCCUCCCUUUGCCCAGACCGUCGCCCACCCCUCUCAGAAUCUCUGCCGUCCCCUCUGCCUGGCGGCCUGGGCGCCCGGCCACGGCCCAAGGAAACCGCGUUCUGGGGCAGGGAGCGGUAGGGAACGCACUCUGGGCCCUCCCCACACCCACGCCAGACUCCGCUCACCUGGGCUGACCCCGCGCCCCUUCGUCCCCACUGCCUCCCCAGGCCCUGGGAGAGCCCCGCCGCCCCGCGCCAACCCCUUGGACCCACAGUCCCCACGCCCAGAACAGCUUCUCUUCCUCCACACGGUCCUCAUCUCACCCUCCCCCACCCGAUGGGGCAGGUGCCCGGCAGGCCCUCGGGGUGGGAGAGGAGGGCGGGCACUCUGUGGACCAGCCUGGCCCCGGGCCCUCCUGGAGCCUGUCACCUGGUGAGAUUGGACAGCACCCCGUACACGAGGACACCAGCUGUGAAGGGGACAGAGCGGGAGCCGACGCACCCCAAAGCCCAGCCACGGGGGCACGGAGUACCAGCUGUCACCAACCACGGAGGGGAGGUCAACGCUAAGCCCUUUGGGCCGACAACAUACAAAACCUGUCUGAAGAGGAGCAGUCGCUGCCGGGCCUGGCGAAGGUGGGGCUGGGGCCCCACCGGGAAAAAGGACUGGCGAGUGCCCGCGCGCGUGGGCCUGUGGCCCUGAAGCUGUGAGGGAGGGCCUACGAGACGCCAGGGUCUCCCAGCAGCCCUCCCACCUGCUUCUGCCCUCGUCUCCCCGCACCGGACACCCUGCCCCUUCACGGCCCGGUCCAGGCUGAGGACCCCACUGAGCCCUGCGCCCGCAGUUGGCCUGAGGAACCGCCUGUGUCAGGCCUUCGGGGCUGAACAAGCAUUUCAGGACCCUUCUGUGGCAAGAGGGUGAGGCCAGGGUGCCGGGGCAGCGGCCGCUGGAGGAGCAGAGUCGCCUGCUGUGGAGGCCAGUCUGGAAGAGGCGGCCUUGGCCCCGGGUGAGUGCAGGAGCCGGGAGACAGACGCCACAGCCUCUCCCAGGGGUGGUCCAGGACCAGACACCACCCCGGAUGUCCCAGGGCCCCAGCAGCCCUGCUUUGCUGCCCCAGUUCCUGACCAGUGGGUGAGGGUCACACCCCAGGGCAGCCCCGGCUCACGAGGCAGAGCGUAGGGCUGACUUGGGGUGGUUUGGCCACGCGGUGCCCAGUGCGGCCCAGAGCAGGCCUCACACAGCCCCCAGGUCCACGCUGGCCCGCCUGGCCCCUCCAGCCCCUUCCUCGGGAGAGCCAGCUGUGGGGGGGUCAGCUCCUGCUCCUCGGCCCCGGCUCCAGGCCUCUGACACCAGACGCCGGUCUCCUUGCCCCUGCAGGGUGGCUUCUACAGAUCCUGCCCCGCCAUUCCCCCCAGCUCAGCUAGGGAAGUGAGCCUCGGCUUUGGCUCCUUUGGCUGUUCAGCGGGGAUCCUGCGCCUGGCUCUGCUUCCUCUUCAAAGCUCAUUUUAAGAGCUUGUGUGGCUAGAGCUGGCUGGGGAGCUCAGUUGGUGAGAGCACCAUCCCCAUACACCAAAGUUGCGGGUUCAGUCCCCAGUCACGGCACAUACAAGACACAACCAAUGAAUGAAUAAGUGGAACAACAAAUCAA